AUGCAGAUUGGAGGUGUCACUGGUCUUGCACUUGCUGCGACCUUGUUCCUUGGGUUUGGAUAUUUGACCUUGCUAUUUACAGAUGAUCCAUCAGUUCUAGAUAUUGCGCAGUCUGGAGUCUGGUUUGUCACUAUUACUCAGCCAAUAAAUGCUAUUGCUUUUGUGUUUGAUGGGCUCUACUACGGUGUUUCUGACUUCGACUAUGCCGCAUACUCCACGCUUUUUGCCGGGGUCGUCUCCUCAGCCUUCCUCCUUGUCGUUGCUCCCAGCUUUGGUCUUGGUGGUGUAUGGGCUGGUCUUACUCUUUUUAUGGGUCUGCGAGCAAUUGCCGGGUUCUGGAGGUUUUAUAUUUGUUAUGACUGAAACAUCAACGCUUGAUCCUUCGUCAUCAUUUCUACUCCAACUAGUGAUCUCUU